AUGGAAGCAGUGGAGAAAACUCUCACUUACCAAGAUGACACUGGACUCUACAGUAAACUGCUCCCAGACAAGGACAAGUGCCAUGCCGAGACGACAAGCGACGAAUCCAAUUAUGUUGAUCUGGAUGACCUGCUUGACAUGAAAUCAGGCGGCACGAAAACUGUACAAGUGACUUUUACCGGCGAGGGCAACCAGCUCGCCGUUAUCAAAUGCGACAGCGGCACCUCGAAGACCACUGGCUGUCGCAAGAGCUGCGAUAAUGAGGACAAAAUCAUUUCAGAAGACUUUCCCGAUCCCGGGGAACAUUUAAAGGGCAAGUGGACAGUUUACAGUAGACCUGUCUCGGGUGAGAUCCCUUUGGAAAACUCACUAGCGAAAAUCCCUUGCGCUAAUCUGGACUUCGAGCAUGGGGAACUGGUCCAAAGUGAUCCCGACCUCAGCGACUGCAGCGAAAACGCGUGCAGUGAAAGUGACGACCUACAAUACACGGACGUGUAUCUGAGCAGCAAAACGGGGUCCGAUGACGGCGCGGACCUCCGGGAGGUGGACAGGGUCGAGGACGAGUCCCACUACAUCACCACACAUGAAAUUCAGCUGACGGAGCUCGACCACGACGUGGACUACGACACCGGACGGGGGACGUAUUGGGAUUUCGAGGACGACAACCUCGUGUAUUCAUUUGUGGAUUAUGCCUCUUUCGAAAGUGACGAAACUCGGGAGGGGACUUUGAUACUGGAGGGCAGGAGCCUGGCGAAAGGCGGCCAGGCGCAAUGUACCGCUGCGCAUCAACUCACCGGGGAAGCUGCCGUCGGCACGGAGCAGGACAGUGAUGUCUGUGACUCGGACAAACGGGCCAGCUCGGACGAAAGCGAUGGCAAAAACCAAAGCGACGGUGGGAAUCCGGCGGGGAAAAUUCACCUGUCAAUCAAAACCUCCUCCAGGGCGGUAAACGAGUCCAACAGUGUCCGAGAGGAUGACAACAUUUGCGGCCGCACCAAGCACGUGGGAGACGGCGGGGGCCACUUCUUUUUCACAAGCGCCGACGGCAGAGGGCAGAGCUUGUGCGACAGGGCCCAAUAUUUCAUCCCUGCCCCGGGACGUCAGCACCUCGCAACCAAACUUAGAGGCAAAGAUAUUAAUGAGUAUUCCAGCGGUACGUCCAGUUCAAUUAGCGAACUGGACGACGCGGAUAAGGAAGUGCGUAACCUGACCGCCAAGUCGUUCCGGAGUUUGGCAUGCCCCUACUUUGAUGCAAUCAAUCUUAGCACCUCCAGUGAGUCUUCGGUGUCGGAAUAUGGGCUGGGGUUAAACAAGUGGUCAGCUUUUGUAGAUCUGAACUACGGCAAGUUGUCACAGCCAAGCGAGCGAGAUGUUGUUUCACACCGGAGCUCACACGCCACGUUGGACAUGAGUAAGACUGCAGAGAGAAAGAAUAGACACGGCAAAGCCAUGAGCAGCACGCAGACUACCCAAAACAAAAUGUGCGCUAUGAGCAAGAAAAUGGCAGGUUCAAAAAAGGCAUCCUCCUCCAGCCAAAAGAUAGAGCUCAAAGCUCCGACUCAAACCAAGCAGAGUGAGGUUAUCACUUUGACAGAAACAUUGAAUUUCCGCUGCAACGUUGACGUGGACAUACCAGAAGGCGCGAGGCGUCCAAAAUGUUCCAAAAAUGUUCACGGAUCACGUUUCAGGGAUGAGGUUACCAGCGCUAGGCCAGCCAAGUCUCGGUGUGAAAUGCAAUAUCAAUACACUGACACGGGGGAUGGAAUGGGAGAUACACACAAGAGGGCAAUCUUUGCAUCAAGUCUCUUGAAAAAUGUCAUUUCUAAAAAGAUGCAGUUUGAGCAGGAGCGCAAAAUGGAAAGGGGGGAAAUUAGAGACACCUAUCCUGCUGUCUCUCCAUGCGUUCAGUGCAAAGAGCAAGAGGUGCUGAAAGAAAAGAGUGUAGAAAGAGCUUUGAAUAGGCAAAGUUCAGAAACAGGGUCAGGAGUCACUGUUAAUUCUGUCAGUGAACAUAGUACUGAGGGCAGUAGGCCUAAUUCAUGUGAGCCUGCAGAGGAGCAGAAGAACAACAAUACAUUAGAUGACUCAGUUACAUCAAUAAAAAGACACAUCGACAAAAAGGAUGUGAGUGAGCCCCCUAAAGGAGAGCUUAAUCGCAGCCAAAAUAGUGCAUUUAAAUCGUGGAAAGAAGGUGAGCCAGAGGCUCAACAGAAAGUCGAAGACUCCACAGUUGUAAGUGACCCAACAUCCAAACAAGAAAGCACAACAAAGGAGGAAUUAGAUAGUAGUGGUAUGUCGACCAAAAUGUCUCAGCUUUUUGUCCCAGGCUCCAAGCUUCUUUCCAAAGAAAACAAUUCUGCCAAAGAGGGGACACCUGCUUUAGACCCAUCUAAUGGUCGACAAAUGUGUGAUAAGGAGACAAACAUGGACAUUAAUAGAGACAAAGGAAUGCAUGCGAAAGAAGAAAAUGAGAAAGGAGCAAAAACCCCUGAAAUAAAGAUACGCUUGAGAAGUGUGAAAGAAAAUAAAGGUUACACAUUGAAUAUUGCCAACUUGUUAACUCCCAAAAUAAGCUAUAAUCCUGUUCAUGCAUUGAAGACGACAGGUGACUCCAAGUGGCAUGUUCUUCCUGCAUCAGAUAAGAUCCCCCACUUCACAGUCAGAGACAUACGAGACACCAAGUGCAAGAUCCAGGCGCCAAUUUAUCAUGUCAGAGAUGUGCGCAAAUUAGUAAAAAGUUCAUAUCGCUUUGUCUCCCUGGAUAAUAGCGAGCACAAAUGUUCCUCUGCCAUCUCUGCUGUAGCUGAUGUGCACGAAGGUAAGGGCAAAAACAUAGCAGUUAUGCAAUCAAUAACCUCUCCUAUUGUGAUUAAGUGUCACUCUGUAAAAACAAAUUGCAAUGUUAAACCUCCCACAACCGCAGCCGAGGCGUCGUCACAGAAACAAGUAGAAACUGGCAGAUCAUCCCCUAAGGUCUCACCUGAAGCAACUAAAUGCGAAACUAAAUCAUCUCACUGGACAGCAAGCAGAGUGGCACCCGUUUUAUCCAAGCAGCUCAAUCCUGACCAAACAGAACUUGCACCAGCUAUUGAAACAAAAUUGGCAAAACAAAGGCCGGAAAUGUUGAUAAGUGAGACAAGUGAAAGGAAGUCAGAGUCUAAAAUCCCCAAGCAGGCUGCAUUAGAGAAGUUAAAAGCCGCUGUCAGAACAAUGGAACAGCUUUAUGUAUUUGACAGAAAUGAAUGGAAGCGUAAGACCCAGGCACCACAGCCCGUUGCAGACAGCCAUGUCCUAUCACUUAUUGCAAGAGAGGAGCAAGGCGCAGAGGAGCUCGGGACAGCAGUGGGGAUCAACAGACUAACCGACUCUGACAUUACCACUGGCAGUAUUUCUCAAACCUUUAUUAAUACCCCAAAGUCAGGAGUAUGCAAGGCUCAAGAAGACAAAGGUUCUCUGAAAAUUAUACAUAUUCCAUAUAAUGAGGACAAAUUCAAGGUUCAAUCACAGCAAGGUAGAGCUUUAAGCAACCAAAGUACGCUACACUUUGGGACUGGUGAUAAAAUACCUGUCAGCAUAAGCUCUCUAAAUAACAAUAUACCACAAAGCUCGCGGCUGCAAAGCCCGUCUACUAUGAAAAGCCUUGGCUCCAAGACCCCCGUGUCUCCACUCUCUUUGAAAAUAGCACCCCUAAAAAGUGGGCAGGUGGCCCAGGGAGAGGUCAAAAGCAGUCCCACCGACACCACCGCUGCACCGGCCAACUCAGACUCUGAGAACUAUUUAGCCAUACCAGGGCAAGGCUAUACAAGUGAAAUUAAACUGUUGAAUCCAGAAGAGACACAGCUAAGCAUAGUUUACAAAAAGGGUAGUUCUGGUGUUAGCCAAGCUGACACAAAGAGAGCCAAACAGUCUUUGAAAAGGACUCCUUUUGUCAUGGAGACUCAGUCAAUUGAGGGCCCGUCUACCACUAUCUAUCAUCACUCACCGACAGCAAUACCUGGACCUCAGCCCCAGGUGUUCUGUUUCUCUCCGUCUGUGCCUAAUCUGUCACCUUCCCCCUCUGUUGGUGGGGCAGUUCCACAAACCCAGCGAAAGAUGCUUUUGGAUCCAUCUACAGGACACUAUUACCUGGUGGACACACCCAUUCAGGCCACCACCAAACGGCUGUUUGACCCUGAGACAGGUCAGUAUGUGGAUGUACCCAUGCCCCACUCACCUGUGGCUCCUGUCACCCCUGUGCCUAUGUCUGUGUCCCCCCUGACACUAAGCCCGAGAGCUUAUGCCCCCACCUACAUGGUCUAUCCAGGGUUUAUCUCUUCACCCACUUUGUCUGCCCAGACAGCAUAUUAUUCUGGGGCUGCAGACCCCAGUGGGGAACAAGGCAAACACAGCCAGAGCCCUUGGCACGUAGCUAAUGCUAAAGGUGCUGAAAGCCCAUACUACAGUACCACAGGUGAAGCUGCACCAGAGCCAAAGAAAGUACCCAUGUCUCUGGGACAUGUCACCACCAGGGGAAAUGCAGCCGGCUCAGACAGGAAGCCAGUCAUUAGCAUCACUACACAGCAAGGUCCGAGAAUCAUCGCCCCUCCCUCGUUCGAUGGAACCACCAUGAGCUUUGUAGUAGAGCAUCGAUAA